AUGUGCAAACCUCGAGCCUGGUUAGUUACCGAAGUCGUCUUCAGCAUCAACAUCUGCAGCAUUGUCAAACCAGGAGGUCUAGGAAAACCCGAAAACCUUCGGUCCCUGCUGGCGCUGCCGGCUCGGACCGUGGCCCCCGCGGAGACGAACUCCUCCAGCCGUUCCCGGGGAGACCCGCCGCGGUCCCUCGCCGAGGUUCCUCAGGGCUUCGCGGCCCCCCCGCCGCCAGGCUGGAGGGAGGCGGUGGCGGCCGCCGUCGGUGCCUUGCAGGCGGGCGGGCUGGUGGCGGUGCCGACGGACACGGUGUACGGCGUGGCGUGCCUGGCCCAGGACUCCGGCGCCGUGCGGAGCAUCUACAGCCUGAAGGGGCGGAACGGGAGGAAGCCGCUGGCCAUCUGCCUCGGGGACGUGGACCGCCUCUACAGGUACUGCCAGGUGAACGUGCCGGACGAGCUGUUGCGGGACCUGCUUCCAGGACCUGUGACCCUGGUCUUAAAACGUUCGGAAGAACUAAACAAAGACUUGAAUCCUUUCACGUCGCUGGUUGGUGUUCGUAUUCCAAAUCACCCUUUUAUUAGGGAGUUGGCACGAGCUUGCUCUGGACCACUGGCUUUAACAAGCGCUAACGUCAGCUGUCAGGCGAGCACGCUGACGGUUUCGGAAUUCCAAGACCUAUGGCCUCAGUUGUCCUUAAUCAUAGAUGGAGGCCCAAUAGGGGAUGUCCAGAGCCCAGAGUGUCGUUUGGGGUCAACUGUGGUUGACUUAUCUGUGUCGGGGAAGUUCACCAUCAUUCGUCCUGGCUGUGCACUGACACCUACAGUUGAAAUCCUGAGGCAGAAGUAUGGCUUGAUACCAGAAUCAUCUUGAGACUUCAGACUCUGAGGAGGCUCUGCAGAGCUGGUAAAGCUGGGCACUGUGUGCCUGCACAUUCAGGAAAUGGGCGUUCGUGGCCUUGUUUAAUAAGGUCAAUGGGUUAUGUGAAGGUUAAUAAACAAAAGAUUAAAAAA